GCCGCAGGACAGAUUGACUGUUUGCCUGCUCCACUGUUUUCCUGUUGUACCACAAGCUAUUCUGGCUUGGCCCCGAUUGUAACGAAUCCGGAUCCCACGUCGCAGUGCGAAAAUGUGUACAAAUACUGCAAUGUGCCCGCAGUAAAUUGGCCACAGGAUCGGGUAAUUUCGCUGCAAAAGGACAUCCCAGGUGCUACGCCCUAUUUCGCAGUCGGUCGGGCAGGUGUAGUUGUAGGUGUACAGGCAUAGGUGUAACCAUGCCCCCAACGUUGCGGAAAUGCGGAGCCCUCUUGUGCCAGUGAAGAGCAAGCAACCAGAAACAACGCCACAAAAAGGAUAAUCCUUCCAGCCUGCUUGAAAGAAGAACACGAACAAGAGCAACAAAGGCAACAAGGACAAGACCAAGACCAAGACCAAGAGCAAGAACAUCGAGAACACCAACCAGAUCGCAGUUGCGUAGAGAAGGGUCCGCCAAAAAUUAGUCCGCCGGAAUGAGGGUGGCGGCGGACAUGGUCUACGACUACGGCAGCGAGGACUCCAUGAGCACCACCCACCUGGACUGGCCCUUUCUCAUCAAGGGCAUCCUGGAGGGUCAGACAUGCACGCCCACUGCGCCGGAGCCGCUGGCCGCCAUCCUGUGGGCCAUCUUCGCCGUGUUCGGCAUCGUGUACGCGCUGCUCGGCUACCGAUGCCUGCGCGCCGUGGGCUUUCUCAGUGGACUGCUGGUGGGCGCCAACGGCAUCUUCAUCCUGCAGGACUUUCAGAUCACGUUUCUGGGCAAGCCGGCGGACUCGGCGCUGGCCAUCGUGGCGGGACUGCUGGGCGCGGUGCUCGGCUCCACAUAUCCGGUGGCCUCUGUCCUAAUUAGCGCCUUCGCCGGCGCCCUGCUCUCCGGCGCCGCCAUGGCCGUCUGUGUGGCCACCUUUCCGGACAACGAGUUCGGGUACCGCGAGAUCUAUGUGGCCGUGGUGGGUGGAGCCGUCAUCUGCUCCGUGCUGACCUUGUGCUGUGUGAAGUACGUGACCAUUCUUACGUCCAGCAUUGUGGGCACGGCCAUGAUCCUCAGCGCCAUCGAUUUCUUCAUGCACGGCCUGGAGACCAUCAAUUGGAUAAUCGGCAUGCGGCCGCAUCCCUCGCCGCCACCUUGCUACGGUGGCCUCCUGAUCGCCGCCUGGCCGGUGACCAUCGUCCUCAGCAUCAUGGUGCAGUGCUUCAUCACCGCCUGGCGCGUGGAUCACCGCAAGCGGGUGUACAUGCGGCACCACAACCAGCCCGGCCACGCCCACGGCGGCCACCUGCCGCACAGCCAGCAGCAGGCGGGACCCAACCACGCCCUCGCCCCCGUUCGGCGAUCCCAGUCCCGCACCCGGGAGACGCGCGAGGAGGCCAGGCAGCGCAAGUUCCGGUAUCUGUACCAGGUGCGCACGGCCCGUGGUGACAUCAUUUCGCAGAACUUCGUGUCCGCACUGCAGAAGCGCAUCCAGCUGAGCGGCACGGAGACGCCGUCCGAGAGAUCGAUCAAGAGCAGCUCGAACGAGCGGAACACGUUCCGGAGCGACCGCACGCACUUCACCACCAUCCACGAUCCGGACUCGGAGCUGUGCGACAAGAUCGAGAUCGUCCGUGACAUUGGAUAACAAACAAGCAAUAGCUACAUGUAACUAUACCCGUAGGGGGGCUACGGGCUGCGGUACUUGGAUGGACACGGAAAUGGCCAUGGUCGGGGGACAUAGCUGGAUAGUUGGACGGGAGCGGGAGCGAGGACUCUAGGGAGUCGCGCGGCGGAGGACUCACACAAGUACGGUUGCAUGUAGACUUUGUAGAUGAGGCACCAAGUGCCGGACACACCACACACGGAAACGGAAAUUGAUGCACAGCGUGGAGGAGCAUUGGAAGCUUUAAAUAUCAGAGGAUAUACGGAUCAGGAGCUGGUUUCGCAUGGGAGCCCUGGAGCCUAAGAGCCUAGGAGCCUUGGAGCCUUGGACUCACCAGAGAUCAGCGGGACGAGAUGGCCUAGACUAAGAUUAAUUGCAUCGUGCACAGCUAGAGUAUAAGAUGAUGGACAGUACGGAGCUGGCAGGAAGCUUAUGUUCUCUUCACUUAAUCAAAUGUUACUACAGAUAGAAAUAGCUACUACUCGUCCGUAUGGGGAUAGCGAUGGAUACGUGAUGAAUGAUGAUCAUUGAUCAAUGAUUAUGGUGGAUCAUGGGCACCGCGAAUUCCUGCAACUACACUAUACCCAACCAACCAAGUACUAGUAGCUUCACCCACUUCGUAUAUAGCCAGGCAAUUGCAAUUACUAAUCGGCUCAUAUCUGUGUUAUAACUAUACGAUUAUAAUGGGAUGCAGCCAGCUGCAGGGCGUUGGCGUUUUGUUCCAUUUCAACUAUCUAGCAACAUAUGUAUACCUAAGCAUUACGUUGUAAACUCCGUACACUCGAUCGCACACGGCAGUUUACCAGUUACCAAUUACCAGUUACCAGGCAGUUUCCCAGAGGCUCAAGGCAGGCAAAAAUACAAUACAAUACAAUACAAUACCUAUUAAGUACAAUAAGAACGGGAUGGGGUGGGGGCAGAAUGGGAAAUGUGCCAGGACCUGUGCUCGGUUUGGUACGACUGUCCAUUCGAGUUAUGAAGCUGUACAGUUGGAGCCAUAGCCAUCUAGAUGUAGACUAGACCUAGCGUAAGCCACUUAGCCAGUUAGCCAGAUGAGCCAAAGCUAAGCCACUCACUUAAUUGUCGAUACCAGUAACUCACAAUCGCUGCAAGGAGCGCACUUGGAUGGGCGCGACCAGGUCAGAAUCAAGCGAUCCGUGCGAUCAGCCGUCUUAGCAUUAUCCUUAAGAUUAGCGUUCGAAAUAUAUAUCUAUAUAUAUUAUAUAUAUACUAACUAUAAGACAUUAGAUCCAUGCAAACAGCGGUACAAACUUGAGAAAUUCACGCUAUAAAAUGCUAGCCAAGACAUAUGUACCAUUUUAAGUGAUAUACAGCAUUUUAAACUGUCUGGUUAUGGGGCUUAAUCAUCGGGGUAUUAGCGAGAAAUCGCGUAAAUUCGUGAAUCCUGCUUUAGGACGUCUUGCGGUCUUCCAACUGUUUUUUCCAAUGAUUUCCAAUCAGUUUGUAAUUCAUUUCAAAGUACGUAAAUAGUUUUCAUACCGCAAUACGGGUUAAGCCCAUUAACUGGACAACUACAAGAUAAUUAGAUAAAGUACGUUUAGGGGAAGAACAGGGAGAGUUCUCCAAGCCUCGAAGGAUUGGACAUUGCCAGGCAGGAACUUCCAUAUCAAAUCGGUUGGUUAGCACAUCGCAAGCACCUACACAUACAACUCAAGUUUCCUGUUAAGUUGAUUAGCAAUUAGUUUCUAGGAAUUGCUGCCGUCCGCAAUUGUUGAUUUAUUAUUAUCAAAAAAAAAAACACUAAAGACGAUACUAAUAUUUGCGAAUUUUGUUCUCUAACUCAAGUGGUUAUACUGCAUGUUGUGUUUCCUAUUAGUUGCUCACUCUAUCCUCCCGUGAUUUGAAUGUUCAACAGCAAUGUCUAAUCGAAGGAUAAAACCAUCUGAUGUAUUGUGCAUUUAAUUUUGGCAAAUUGUAGACGUUUUGUAAGCAAGGGGCUCGACACACUCAAUCCAGUUUAAUGAACAAAGGAUAAUAACUGCAAACUAAAGUAGCGAAAAUCAUAAAAGAGUUGCACAUAUGUAUACACUAAUGAAAUCCAAUUAAAAACUAAUAUAACAAAAAGGCCAAAAGCGAUUUAAAUCAUAAUCAGAAAGAAUCCGCAAGUUUUACGAAUGUAUUCAAGUUUUGAGACGGGCUGCCAAAAAGAAAUCGAAAACAUCUUGUAACGAGCAAAGAGAAAAGUAAUAUUAAAUAAACGAUGCAGGCCA